UGGGAGGGAAGGAAGAAAAGGAGAGGGCAGGGCCAGGGUGGGCCUGAAAAUUAAAUGCGGGUCUCUGCCCAGGCUGGAUGCCAGAGGCACCAUGGACACCACCAGAUACAGCCAGUGGGAGAACAGCCCCGAGGAGGCCCCCGGAGGAGGGCUCUGGGGACGCUGGGACUACUUCCGGCAAAGAAUUUUCCUCCUGGCCCUGGCUGUCCUGGCUGUCACAGUGCUGUGGGCUCUCAUUCUGAGCAUCCUCUUGUCCAAGGCCUCCACGGAGCGCAGGGCGCUGCUCGGCCACCAGGACCUGCUGAGGGCAAACGCUUCGCAGCAGGCGGUGGCGCUCGGUGCCUGGAAGCGGGAGGUCGGAGCCUGCAGGAGCUGCUGCAACGCCACCAAGGUGGAGCUGCAGGCGGCUGUGGCCGAGCUGCGGGAGGCUCAGGUGAAGCUGCUGCAGCAGAAAAGCGCCCUGGAAGAACUGAGCCAGCGCGUGACCCGGGACUUGGCCACGGCGGGCCGGGACCGCGAGAACAUCCGAAAUGAGUUGUUCCGGGAGCUGGAGAACGUCAAGUUCCAGAACAGCUCCUGCGAGCAGUGUCCCACGUCGUGGCUGCCCUUUCGGGGCUCCUGCUACUAUUUCUCCGAGCCACGAGCCACUUGGCAGGAGGCGCAGCGCAACUGCGCGGUCAACGACGCGCACCUGGUGAUCAUAGACAACCUGGACAAGCAGGGCUUCGUGACUCGGCACACACGAGGCCGCGGCUACUGGCUGGGCCUGAGGGGUAUCCGCAACGCGGGCCGGAUCCAGAACUACCAAUGGGUUGACGGACUCCCUCUGGGCUUCAGCCACUGGAAUUCGGGGGAGCCCAAUGACUCUCGGGGCCAAGAGGACUGUGUCAUGAUGCUUCACUCGGGGCUGUGGAACGACGCGCCUUGCGGCAGCGAGCGGGACGGCUGGAUCUGCGAGAAGAGGCAGCGCUGCUGAGCUGGCCCCGCUACGCCACGCCAGCCGCAGGGCGAGUUCGGGAAGCUGCGCGUGCGCCGGGAGCGCACAACGGGACCUUUCUCCCUCCGCCGCUGCUGCGCAACCCUUCCCUGUCUAGCGCCUGCGCAGAGACCUCUGCUCAGCCUCACCGUAACGCCCUACAUUCCGACCUGACCAAAUUUCCACCAGCUGUAAAUCCUUGCUCCUGCACCUGUCCAUCCUAUUUCACCUCUCUUCCUAGACGCCAAGAACAAACUUGAGAGAUGGGGCUGCUUAUUUUCCUGCAUUUCUGAAGCAUUAAUAAACGUUUGAGACGUGAGUCUGAGCUCCUGGCUCCGCAGAUAUGUUCUGGGGCUUUAUCCUAGAGACUCUGCUCUGCUUCCCGGAAGUGAUUCCUGACCUCGGCAGGUAACCACGUGUCCAGGAGGACCGGAAGGCAGCAGCACGUUCCCACCCUGCACCAUUUCCUCUCGGCGCCUAGAACACAGCUUAGUCCCAGUGGGAUGGGGACACAGGAAUUGGCCAUACCCAGUCCUCACACUGGGGGCCUCUCCG